AUGACGCUGCGUAUCCUCCCAGCGAUCCCGUACCUCUUCUCUUCGCCAGCCUUAACCUUGUUUGUGAUGCAACGCCCCACGCACCCUCGUCUGCAUGUCCGCGACGCCCGCGAUGCGCACACUGUCUUUGAGGCCGUCCGUCUAGGCAUUCUGCGUCCCAUUCAACGUCGUCUCAAUGAGAUGGAAAGGGCAUCCUUCAUUCAGUCUGGCACGAUCUUCGUAUGGGAAGAGAGCGAAGAUGAUCUUGGGCUCAAGCGAUGGACAGACGGUCGCGUAUGGAGUCAGAGUAGAAUGCGGGAACCAUUUCUUUUCUACGAUGAGAAGAUUGAAGAUACUGGGGCCCAGGUUCCUCGAAGCACGUCCAACUUUCGCUUUGUGGACGGCAUCAACCGUGGCGGACAUACAACUCCCGCACUGGCCCACUACGACCGCAGCGAACAACGUCCCAUGGGGUUGGUGAAGCAAACAUAUUCGGCAUGGGUACUGCAGCCGAACGUGAAGCCCCGAAAGUGGCAUCUAACCGCCUACCUCACUUAUGCCGACCUUCCCCACAUACCCACCGUUCCUGAGGACCCCACACUGCGCAACAUCGUCGUCCCCGCAGGCAUGUAUAAGAGCGGGAAGGCGCGUUCGAGGAACUCAGACGCUUGCAUGCCGACCUCGCCCUCCCCUCCACCGUACGCGCACCCUUCUGUGUCACGGGCAGCAUCUCCACGCCCCGACAGCAGCUCACGCGGAGGGUUGCCGUCCCUGCACUCGGCCCUAGGGACUUAUCCCCACUCGAGCGCGCAUGGGGCGCGCUAUUCGCACGACGGGCGCUCAAUGGAGGACGCCCGGAUGAUCCAAGCCUUAAAUACACGCCAUAUCAUGUAA